AUGGUCCGCACAACGAAGAUAGCACUUCUUCAGCUUGAGCCUGUCUUCAAGCAACCGGAACAAUCCAUCCACCGAGCCGACAGCUUUAUCUCUUCGAUCAAGCCCAAUGAUAUCGAUUUGCUUAUUCUUCCUGAGAUGGCCUUCACGGGUUAUAAUUUUCGAUCCUUUGAUGACAUUGAGCCCUACAUCGAGUCUGAGGUUGAUGGUAUUACCAUAACUUGGGCGAAAAAGACCGCCAAACAGUUAAACUGCCAUGUGAUGAUCGGCUUUCCACAAAAAAUCCAAGAACCGGACGUGAAACAGAUUUAUAAUGCUAUGGGGAUUGUUUCCAAUGAAGGCGAGUUGAUCAAGGUUUACCACAAGACUCAACUUUAUCCUCCCGUCGAUCCACUCUGGGCUAGACCAGGUGCAGGCUUUUCGAUGAUGGAUUUGAACAUUGCGCGAGUCGAUGGCCAGCGAGGCAAGCCAGUUAAUUGUUGCAUUGGAAUCUGCAUGGAUUUGAGUCCCGACAGAUUCGAAGCCCCAUUCGAAGCAUACGAGUUAAGUUCAUUUGCGACCAAGAACAACGCAGAGUUAUUAUUAUGCUGUAUGGCUUGGCUCGACCUGGGUCCCCAACCGGACCCGAACUGGACCGAAAUCGGUAAGAGUUCAGCCGAGACGACCGAACAGUUGAAGCAUUGGGAGAUGCGUUGCACUCCCUUCUGGGAAUUGGAAAACCGCUCCUGCGUAAUUUGCAACCGUGUUGGGAUUGAAAGUGAAGCAGUCUAUUGCGGGACCUCUUGCGUUAUCUCAAACGCUGAUGGUGUGAAGAAUUCAGCUAAGGACAAGGCGCCAACUGUGGUAAAUUAUGCCAGUAAACACAAGCCCGAGUUGUUAGUAGUUGAAUUACCUUUACCUUGA